AUGGAUAAUUUUGUUGUAGAUGUGGAACAUAUUGGAGGGGACAUGUUUACAAGUAUUCUUAAUGGGGAUGCGAUAUUCAUAAAGUUACUAAAAAAUUACUACGAAGCAUUAUCAGAUUAUGGAAAGGUGAUUGGUGUGGAGUUGAUUGCUCCAACCUCCGUGGAGACAAAUGUUGCAACUAAAGGCAUCUUGCAAAUGGAAAUGUUCAUGUCAAAUCUGAACCUUUAUGGAAAGGAGAGGAUAAAAGAAGAAUUGACUACUUUAGCAGUAGAAGCUGGAUUUUCUGGUAUAAUAAUUAUCACUCUUCUUAUUCUUGCUGGAAUAAAAUUCACUGUGUGGGUAGCCUCACUAUAUUGUUGA